AUGCAGUUAAUUAUUUUAUAGUAAAAUACAUAACAGUGCUAAAUAAAGAAUUUAUAUUCAUGUGCUAAAAGAAAAGUAAUAGAAAAAUAAAUAUGAACAUAAUAAGUAACAUUUUAAAGACCCCAGUGGGAUUGGUAAAGUCAGCACCAGUAUUAUCAGCUGAUUUACAUACAACAUCGGCACUAUGCAGAGUUGUGUCUGGAAAAUACAGGAUAACCAAGAAACGGGACCGGCCACUUACUUACGAAAUGGCCAAUCCACCGCACUACAUCGCACACAGGAAGACAUGGAACUCCUGGAAUACAUCAAGCAUGAAAGAUGGAUUACGCAAGUCUGAAACAGCAAUAGAAGAUGAGUUCAUAAGAAGGUUUAUGACAGGAACAUGGCAUGGACUUGUUUGUAGUGAAGUCAUCAUUAAGAGGCAGUUCAAUCAUAUCCGAGUUGCUGCCAUCAUCAGACGAGCAGUGUCACCCACUAAGAUGUACUUUCUGCUAGGCUACACGGAGGAGCUACUGGCAACCUGGCUGCAGUGUCCUGUCACAUUAGAGAUACAAACCGUUGAUAGUUUCCAGGAUGUUGUGUUCAAAUAUAUUUAGAGAAUAAUGUAGCUUUGUAUGUAAAUAGAUAUAUAAAAUAGAUUAUAAUGG